CGUGUCCGUUGCUGCCAUAAAAGUGGGUCAUAAAUUCAAUACUUCGGCCAUUCAACAACAAAACACUGCUGCGAUAACAGUACAGAAAUAUUUGCGAAAGCAACAACACAGCGCAAAACGCAUCGAUAUUCAUAUCAACCGGCGAACUUUAAGUGUGAAUACGCGCAUUCGGUGCGAAACAAGAUCAUUUUUCACUUCAUAAAUAUCACUUCAACGACGUGCAGUCCAGUCAAGUCAAUCCAGUCGGUUUUAACAGUUUUGUAGCGACACAAACGCAAUGUAUUCAACGGUAAAUUUUACGCUUCUCGUCAUCGCUUUCGCUGGCGUCAUUAGCAUCGGCCACGCCUUGCCGCCACAAACGGGGGAGCGGAUUCUGGGCGGCGCGGAUGCUGCAUCCGGCCAGUUCACUUUCGUUGCUUCGCUCCGUUUGGAUGGUGCGCAUGUGUGUGGCGGCAGUAUUAUCGGCAUUAAGCAGAUUUUGACGGCGGCGCAUUGUGUUGUCGACGACAACAACAAAGUUAUCGACGCUGAUCGUAUUUCAGUGCGUGUCGGUAGCGUCAAUCAAUUUGCUGGUGGUAAAAUCGUAUACGCCGAAACCAUUGCUGUACACCCCUCCUACCAAUACAUACAAAAUGAUGUCGCUGUGGUAACCCUAAGGACUGAGUUGGAAGUGGGCAGCAAAGUCUCCAUAAUUGCUUUGGCCACCACUGCUGCCGAAGAGCCAGCAGUUGGCGCUGAAGUCACUGUCGCCGGUUGGGGCGAACAGUCAUCGGGUGCUACACCCUAUAAAUUGCAAUCAGUUGGCUUCACUGUCGCCAGCGAGGAGGACUGCACCAACGGUUAUGCCGGCAAUGAUGAGAGCACAUUCUGUUUGGCUCAUAAGCUCAAAGAGGGCAGUUGUCUGGGCGAUGCUGGUAAUGGCGUGGCCUACAAUAAUCGUCUCGUUGGUGUUGCCAGCUUUGUGGUGGGCGCUUGUGGUUCCCGUUAUCCCGAGGUGUUUGUAAGCAUUACACAUUUUGCUUCGUGGAUUCAGAGUCAGUUGUGAGGUGAAGCGGACGAGGUGUUGAGUUGGACUUAUAUGGGAUAUACAUGAAGAUUCAAAGUUAAAUGUGAUACAGAAAGUUCGAAACGAAUAAAAUUCCAACAAAUUUUAAUCAUA